CGAAUAUUCUCUGAGUUACAACAAAAAAAAGUCGUAAAAUAAACUUUCGUGUCAUCAUCGUGAUAAAAAAUGAGCUUUUUUAAUCAGUUUCGUAGGUUUUUCAUAUAAAAAAAUGCUCCGAAUACUCUUUAUCAGGGAACUUGUAUUUGUCGUCAUAGGAACAGAACGGCGCGUUAUGAGCCCGCGGUACCCAAUCGAGAAUGUUUUCAGCAAAAAUAAAAGUGCAUGUUGUUUAUACCGAAAUCGCUUUAGUUUUUAACGGAUGCAACUGAAGGCUGGUAAAAUUGCGUAUCUGUUUAUCCAGAAAGGAGAUAAAGCACUUGUCUUUGGCAUUGAAAGCGAUAGAGCCACCUAGCGACAAUCUCAUCUGUUUGUAGCUCCAGGGUGAAAACAUGACUUCGACGAAAGCACCCAGUUUCUUGAAAUUAUUGCCAUUCUGUCUGCAUUAGUUAAACUGAGAAAAAGGAGAAAAUAAUGUCCUCUCUUCCCCGCCAAAAUCGUGGCCACUUGACGCUAAAAAGCAGUGUUCUCUCGCCAACUGCGAUGUCCUACAUGGGACAGGCCAUGGUACUGAAUCACAUGAAUUCUCACUACAGAAGAAUCUCAUCAGCUAAAGCAUCUGUUGACACGUCUGCUCCUAAAUCCAUGAAGAAACAUAUAAGAGUUAAAGACCAAAAGAAAAGAGAAAUAUUAAAGAGUGGUGGGUCCACUCCAGGAAGAAGGACAAGGAGUGCUUCUCUUGAAAAUAUUGCAAGUCCCCUGGUACAGUCACCUCACCCUCAGUCAAAUCGGUGGCAUCAGAGAAGUAACAGUGUCACUUCAAGCAGGAGAGAAAGUGUGACGUCUGAACAAGAAUAUCAGAUGGAAACUUCAAGACUAGACAAACAGAUGAACUCUACUGCUGCCUCACUGAGCAGGCCAAGUCCUAGGGAACUGCAUUUAGACUUGGGUAAAACUCUCAAGAAAUCAUCCCCCAUGAAAAGCUCCCCUAAACCAUUACCAAAACCAUUAGUUUCUCAUAACAGAUGGAAAUCUGUACAAAAUAACAAAAUGCAAACACCUGUGAGGCCAUCUAAUGAGGAACAAAGAAAAGUGAGAGUACAAACUACAAAUCAUGAAAGACAACACAAUGUUACUGCUGUUGAUAGUGCACAAGACAUAACACCAAAUGGGACAAUAAAUAAUUGUGAAAAAGAAUUAAGCUCUUACCAAUCAACCCCACAAAAGAGGGAAAGAAGGUUAUCAGGAUCUUAUAUGAGCUAUGAAAGUCCACGUCUUCAUUACUCUUCAAGUCUCAACUCAACCCGACUGUCUUCAAGACUAGAGACACCCUUGCAGAGAAGGCUGAGAGAUGAGAAAGAAAUGGAAACAAAGUUGUGGGAAGAAGAGCAACUUUACAUGCAAUUCAUAUCGGAUGUGACUUCAGAUAUACUUGCAAGGGGAAUUUUCACCAACAGAGUUUUGGAUAAAGUAUUUGAGAGUCAUAUUGAUCAGAAAAAAGAUGAACUGAAUGAGGAUCGCAUGAGAGAAAUGAUCGCUCAGCUAAGAAUCGACUUGGAUGUUGGCAACCAGUCUUGACAAAGGCAUUUCCAUACAGAGAAUGUUGACUGUUGCUUUGGUAACAUUGAUAUCAGAGAGCCCUCUGUCUCGUCAUAUGAUCAUCAUUUGGGCAAAUUUUUUUCACAUGGACGGAGAAGGUCUCUUUUAUAUUUGUUAUGGUAAUGUCUGAGAAGUCUACUAGACAUAAGGCCGUGCCAGCGAGAGACAUUCUGUUGACAGUUGCCGUGGUAACAUUGGAUAAAAAAAAGAAAUACAUUCAAGUGAUGCAUACUCACAAUAUUUAUUUAGCAAUUUAACAACCUAGAAAUCAUAUUAGAAUUCAUUUUAUUAAAAUCAAUAAAAAAACAAACACAAAAAAA